AUGGCUUCUGGAUCAUCAUUGUUGAAUUUAGGCCAAAUGAAUGAAGUAGAUGAUGAUAUCAAACAAGAAGAAGAUAUCCGUGUAGUUGUUCCUCCCAAGAAACGAAGAAAUCGUCCAGGAAUGCCAUACCCGGAUGCACGUGUUAUUGCACUCUCUCCUACCUCUCUAAUGGGAAAAAAUCGAUUUAUUUGUGAAGUAUGCGACAAAGGUUUUCCAAGGGAGCAAAACUUGCAACUUCAUAAAAGGGGUCAUAAUCUUCCAUGGAAGCUUAAGCAACAAAGGCCUGAAAAUGAUGUAGUGAAAAGAAAAGUGUAUUUGUGUCCUGAGCCUUCUUGUGUCCACCAUGACCCUUGUCGUGCACUUGGAGACCUUACUGGCAUCAAAAAACACUAUUUUCGAAAGCAUGGUGAGAAGAAGUACAAAUGUAAAAGGUGCACAAAAGUAUAUGCUGUUGAAUCGGACUUAAAAGCCCAUUCAAAGAUUUGUGGGAAAAAAGAAUACCAAUGUCAUUGUGGCACAAUUUUCACCAGGCGUGACAGCUUCAUCUCGCACAGGGCUUUCUGUGAGGCAUUGGCUCAAGCAGGCCCAAUGAGUUCCAAGGCAGUCGCCUCAUCCAGCCGCAAUCCACCCAGCCUUAUGAUCAAACCAUCUAUUGGACCGAACCCUUACAAAGCCUCAAAAACUCACUUUAUGCCAUCAACAUAUCAAUCAAACGAACACAUAUAUGAGGCAAAGUCUGAUACAAUGUUUCUCACAAACUUGUUGAACAACACUACUACCAUGCCUAAAGACAACAACUUCAGUUUUAUAAGAAGCAACAUGAAUUCUGGAAAAGACAGAACAAGUAUGGUCAUUGGUGGUGGAAAUGUUUCGUCAGAUCCCUCUUCUGCACAUUAUUUAUCAUCACACACCCGUGUCAUGCCGCAACUUCCUGCCACUACAUUGCUUCAGAAAGCUGCUCUAAUUGGUUCUACAUCUAGCAACAAUAGUGCUAAUAAGUUUGCGGGUUUCAAUCCAAGUGCUUCCUCUAGCACUCCUAAGUAUGAACAGGGCAAGUGUCUUUUUGGCAGUGAAAAUUUAGGAAGUUCUGAUAGCAAAAUGAUUGAGCUUCUCAACUCUUUUAGCAGCAGUGGUGCUGGGUCCUCAAUUUAUAAUCUAAGUUAUGGUGCAGCUUAUGGACAAGAGGAAAGCCGAAAUGGGGGAUAUGAUAAUACAUGGAAACUUGACAAUUCUGAAGAACAGAACCGGCUAAGAAACGGUACUCUUAGCAACAUGGGUAUUCAACAAUCUACUGGUGUGAGAUUUACAAGAGACUUUCUUGGGGUUGGAGAGAAAAUAGUCCGUGACAUACGCAGUGAAGGGCCAGAAAGUGCAUUUAGUGGAAAAAGUUUUCUGUAG